GGGGAAAGAGGCAGCAUGGAGGCCGCCGGUUCGAAUCCCACGUGCGGCCGUUGCCGGGCGGAGCGCGCCCCGUACACCUGCCCGCGGUGCCACCUCCGCCUCUGCUCCGUCCUUUGCUACCGAGAGCACGGCUCCUGCGCCCGGGACUUCCAAAACCGGGAGCUUCAGCUCCGUCUCCAGGGGCAGCGGGCGGACGAGGCUUCCCGUCGCCGGCUGGAAGAGGCCCUCCUGCGGCUGCGCGAACUACGCGAGCCCGGGGAUGAGGAAGGCCAGCUAGGCCUCGGCCCGGAUCCUGAGCCCGAGGAGCGCUUGUGGGAGCGUCUCAGCCCGGAGGAGCGGAAGGCUUUCCAGAGGCUGCUGGACAGCGGAGAAAUCGCGGCCCUCUUGCCCCCCUGGGAGCCUUGGUGGGAGGUGGGCUGCCCCAGCCCCCAUGGGGCAGCCUUGAUCCAGGAGCUGGACCCUCCCUGUGCUGAGGAGAGGCCUUUAAACCAGCCAGAAGACCCCCAAAGCGAACAGGAGGCGCCCCAGCCGUCGACACAUCUGGAAACCAGAAAACCACUGCCUGCGCAGGUCUCGAACUCGGUACCGGCCGUGAUCCCGCCGCUGGCGUCGCUCACCACGGCGCCCAUCUCGCCGCUGGUUCGCUUCCAGCUGCCCAACGUGCUCUACGGCUACGCCUAUUCCCUGGCUCUCUAUAAUGGGGACGUGGAGGACGAGGCCGGCCUGCUCCCCGAAUUUUGCGAAACCGUCCUGGACGUCUCGGGGGCCCUCGGGGCGAAGCAGCUCUACCGGUCGGUGGCCGAGGCCCUCCAGUCAGCCCUGCAGGCGGUCUCCGCGGGCCGGUACCCCGCUUGCCCCUUGGGGGACGGGGGCGCCCUGAGAGCCGUGGCCCGGAUCCUGUCAGGGGAAAACCAGGCCAAGCGGAAAGGGUUUUCCCUGGCCGCCCUCGGCCACCUGGCCCGGCUGCUGAGCCGAGGAAGGAGACGGGUGCCGGCCGAGGACCGGGCCCGCGUGUUCGGGGCCAAGAAGAAAUGCGAUUUUCUCCUCUCUUGGGUGAACGAACACGAGGACGAAUUGACCUUCCUUGCCCUGGAGGCGCAGCACGAAUGCCAAGCCCACCUGAGCGCUCUCCGAGAGGUGGGAGCUGUCACCCAGGCGCUGGAGAAGAUGUGGGGGGCCAAAGUGCCUCCCCCCAAAAAAACCCUGAUAGAAGAAUUGGACUGAAGAAGGCUGUGCAUGCAAGGAUGCCCGGAGCGGUCAACCAGGCGCAGAAAAA